GGAGGAAGUCCUGCCUUCAGCACACAUUUCUAGGGUGGCUCGUGUUUUUGCGUUGAUUAUCUGGCAAAUGCCAUUGUAAGCUGGAGGUAGAGAGAAACCCGUCCUCGCCAGCCUAGCUUGUCUUCUUGCUCCGGCCCCUUUUCCACCCACGUGCAUAGAGCCAGAAUGAUAAAUCUGUCCAGCUUCCUGUCAAACUCGGGCUGAGUUGACGUAGCCCUUUACCCCCGUAUGGAACCCGGAAGUGAUGGCGAAAGCAAAGGGGUGUGAGGGGGCGAGGUUUUUUGAUGGGGGGUUCUUCUUCUGUUUAUGGCAGUUGCUUUUCGGAAUUGGGAGGCCGGCCUUGUAACGGUGGCGGCAAAUGGGGAAGAAGAGUGUUGUCGCGUGCGCGCCUGGGACCGUUACUUGCCCCUUUCCUCGGAUAGGGGAGGAAGGUCAUAACUUCAAGAAUCAUUGAAGCAACUAUUUGUUUGGAAACGUUUGGCUUAUUUAUGACAGUUCUGAUUUUAAAGUGGCACAAUUGCAAUGAAGAAGAGGAGAAGACUCAAUGUAAAUCUAGAUGACAAAAUACAUCUUGAUCACCAGAGGGAGCAUCCUGAUAAGAUUCAUGUAGCAGAAGCUCAUGUUGAUUCUGCAGAAGUAGCUAGUGCAGACCAGCCCAUAUAUUCCAAAGAACUUUCUCUGUUGCCUGAUCAAAGAAAGCUUUUAACUUCUCUGCAAUAUCAUAAAAAUCUACUUAAAUAUUUGAAUGAUGAUCGACAGAAGCAGUCAUCUUUUUGUGAUCUUCUUAUAAUUGUUGAUGGAAAAGAAUUUAGUGCCCACAAAGUAGUAGUUGCUGUUGGGAGCAGUUACUUUCAUGCUUAUUUGAGCAAAAAUCCAAAUACAAAUGUUGUUACCUUGGAUCAUGUAACACAUUCAGUUUUCCAUCAUCUGCUUGACUUUCUUUACACAUCACAGUUUUUUUUAAAUAAAAAUGAAAUGCCUUUAGUUUUAGAAGCAGCAAAGUUUUUAGAUAUUAUUGACGCAGUUAAAUUGCUAAACAGCGAAAAUGUUUCCAUUUCACAAUCUGAAGAGAAAACAAAAAAACCAUCUCGGGUAGAAAAGACAACUGAACAAACUCCUAAAAUAGCCAACGAUCACCAAUGCACUUUGUGCAAUCGUAAUUUUUGUUACAAGAAAUCAUUAGAAAAUCAUUUGUCCAAAGCACACAAAUCUUCUGCAUGGGAAAAAGAACAUGGGCUAAACAUGGUUGAGAAGUCUGUUAUUUCUACUAGACGAUCAGUGCGAAAUCGCAAAUGCCCAGCAAAGUUUGAUCAGAGUGACAAUGAAAGUGCUAAUGCAUCUGAUAACAAUUUAGAUAGAAUUGCUCCUAGUAAGGAGAGCAGUGAAUCUGAAGAUAAUGGAAGUGAAUACAAUACUGAUGAAGAUAGGCAGGAAGAGGACACUUUGGGAGACGAUACUGAGUCUGAGCAGCACAGUGAAAACGAAUGUGAUGGAGAGGUCCGUGAGCCAGAUGGUCCAGCAGGAAAUAUUUCUGAAGACAAUCUUUCCACAUGUAUUCCACCUAUUCUUCAGAACAGUGGCAAAAAAUGUUUGCAGUGUCCCAAGUGUGAUAAAACAUUUGAUCGACCAGGGAAAUUUGAAAGCCAUGCUCGAGUACAUACGGGUGAAAAGCCAUUUGAGUGUGAUAUUUGCCAGCAGCGUUAUUCUACUAAAUCUAACUUAACAGUACACAGAAAGAAACAUAACAACGAAAUAGAAUUUCAUAAAAAAGAACACAAAUGUUCAUAUUGUAACAAACUUCAUGCCACCAAAAAGACCCUGAUAAAGCAUGUAAAAAGAUUCCAUCCUGAAAAUGUACAGGAGUUUCUGUCUAUCAGGAAAAAAAAAAGUGAAGGAUGGAAAUGUGAGAUUUGCAAUAAAUCUUUCACACGGAGACCUCACUUGGAAGAACAUAGGAUUCUUCACACUCAAAAUAAGCCUUUCAAAUGUACCUAUUGUGAAGAGCACUUUAAAUCCCGCUUUACGAGAUUGAAGCAUCAAGAAAAGUUCCAUUUAGGACCUUUUCCAUGUGAUAUUUGUGGUCGUCAGUUUAAUGACACUGGAAAUCUGAAGCGCCAUAUUGAAUGUACUCAUGGAGGAAAGAGAAAAUGGACUUGCUUUAUUUGUGGAAAAUCAGUUAGAGAAAGAACAACUUUGAAAGAGCAUUUGAGAAUUCAUAGUGGAGAGAAGCCACACCUAUGUAGCAUUUGUGGGCAGAGUUUUCGUCAUGGAAGCUCCUACAGGCUUCAUCUGCGAGUCCACCAUGAUGAUAAGAGAUAUGAAUGUGAAGAAUGUGGAAAAACAUUUAUUCGCCAUGACCACCUCACAAAACACAAAAAGAUACAUUCAGGAGAGAAGGCCCAUCAGUGUGAGGAAUGUGGGAAAUGCUUUGGCCGAAGAGAUCAUCUCACUGUUCAUUAUAAAAGUGUUCAUCUAGGAGAAAAAGUGUGGCAAAAGUACAAAGCAACAUUUCAUCAAUGUGAAGUCUGCAAGAAAGUUUUUAAGGGGAAAUCAAGUUUGGAAAUGCAUUUUAGGACACAUUCAGGUGAGAAACCGUACAGAUGCCAAAUUUGUAACCAGUCCUUCAGGAUUAAGAAGACAUUAACUAAACACAUGGUUAUUCAUUCAGAUGCUCGCCCUUUCAACUGUCAAUACUGCAAUGCAACAUUUAAACGAAAGGAUAAGCUAAAAUACCAUACUGAUCACGUGCAUGGAGCAAAGACUGCAGAAGAAUUGCAAAGCCCACUGUCAGAUGAAAAAAAUGGGUCAUUACCAGCUCAGUGCACACCACCUGAGGAUAAGGCUUUUCAAGGUGAUUCUAAACCAUUUGUGGAUCAGCCAACAACUUAUCAAGUGGACACCAAGACAAUGCUACAGAAUGUACCAUCAGACACAUGUGUGCCAGUGACACUGAUAUCUGUUCGAAUGCGUGAAACUCAGCCUGAUCUUGCACAACAACGGCCUCCUGUCACAUCUUCCUCUCACUCCAUUCUUCCUUCACAGCCCCCUCCAACAGACUAUCAGCAAACAACAGAUUUGGAAUUUCUUGAAAAAUAUACUCUUACUCCACAGCCAGCAAAUAUAGUUCACCCAGUCAAACCUGAACAAAUAUUGGAUCCCAGAGAACAAACUUACCUUGGGACAUUACUGGGUCUAGAUACAGCAACUUCUGUACAGAACAUUUCAAAUAAUGAACAUUAAUGAUCAUGUCUAUGGAGUGUGAUAUUUCAAUAGUCUUAAUAAUUCUCUUCAAACAGUGAGUUGUGAGGCAUCUUAAAGGCUAACAUCCUUGUACAAGCUGUUGUCAAUUUCAUCAAACAAAUGGAGUAUUAGGUUGAAAUAGGAAUAUACAUAUAUAUAUAUAUAUAUAUAGGUAUA